AUGAUGGCUAUGUGGCCAUCUGUACCCAUUUUGUAUAAUGUUGCCAUGUCCCCCAAAGUGUGUUCCAUCCUUAUGCUUGGUUCAUACUUGGUGUCAUUUUUGGAUGCCAUGGCUCACACAGGAUGCAUGCUGAGACUGACCUUCUGUGAUGCAAACACCUCUUAUUUGUGUGACAUGCUCUCUCCGCUCCAGCUCUCCUGCAUGAGCACUUAUGUCAAUGAGCUGGUGGCUUUCCUUGUGGUGGGCAUAGAUAUUAUUGUGCCCAGUGUCAUCAUCUUUGUCUUUUAUGGUUUCAUCCUGUCCAGCAUCUUGCACAUCAGCUACACUGAGGGCAGGUCCAAAGCCUUCAGCACCUUCAGUUCCCACAUAAUUGCUGUUUCUCUGUUCUUUGGAUCAGGUACAUUUAUGUAUCUUAAACCAUCUUCUGCUGUGUCUAUGGAUGAGGGAAAAUUCUCCUCUGUCUUUUUCACCAAAACAGUUCCUUUGAUGAACCCUUUCAUCUACAGCUAG